AUGGCCUUCAAAUUUGCAAGUCUUGUAAAAAGCACUGCUGCAAAUCACAUAGAUGAUGUGAUUGUUGAAAAAUUAAGUGAAAUAGAGGAAUUAGUAGCAGAUGAAAUAGGCUAUGAAGAUGAAGAUAACAAUGAGUUUAAUGAAGAAAUGAUUGAUGAUGAAUUUGAUAAAGGAUUUGAUGAUAAAUUCAACAAAGGAUUUGGUGAUGAAUUCAAUAAAGGAUUUGGUAAUGAAUUCAAUAAAGAAAUUGUUGAAUUUGAUGAAGUUAGUGAUAAUGAAUUCAUUGAAGAAAAUGUUGAAUUUGAUGAAGUUGGUGAUGAUGAAUUCAAUAAAAAA